AAAAGGGGGUGGGGAAGAGUCGAGCGCACAUACGCAUCAAUUUGUACAGUUCAGCUUUUUCCACGCAGCUACCGAGAUUUCAGCCGCAUUGUUGCUCUCGCCCGGUAGCUGCUACCGCUUCUUUGUGUGCGCGUGUGCGUGUGUGUGCGUGUGUGUGUCCGUCUGUGCAACAUGAGGCGGCGCGCGUUGCGUGAAAAGGCGACAAAAAGGAGGGCGAGGAAGGAAAAAGGGGGAGUGAGAGGAGCAGCGGCGGCGGCGGCAGCACGCAUCGCUGGAUAUUAAAGGUUUCCCCCGUGCUCUAUCACCCGAGUGAGUAAGCAACCCCGGACGCGACCCGUUCAACUCCAUGCAAUGGCUUGUGUAGUAAAAUGGACGUUCUAAAGCCGAAAUCAUGAAAACACGGACGCACAAAGACUCGGUGCCCAUGCGCAGCGGGCGGCGGCGGGGAGCGAGCGAGGAGAGGAGGGGCCGACGCCCGCAUGCUAGCCCAACUCGCGCCGAACGCAACGAAAGACAGACGCCAAGAGGUGGCGGUGAGGAAGUGGCUGGGAAUCGCUUCGGUCGCAGAUCACAAGGCCAUGAUUCGUCGGAGAGCGAGGGGGAGGAACUUGUGUCUCCAGCAAAAAGGCAGAAAGUUCAGGAUUCGGCAGCCACCUCGAACCCUCCAACGUCAACACACGCCGCUGACAGCUUGGCUCCCUCCGCCGUUCAGCCUCCAACCUCUGCGGUCGGCCAAUCCCGCGAGAGUGACAAUGAGGACGGCCAAUCCCAGGGCAGCAGGAGUUCGGUGGUCGGGAGCCUGGCGAAUAGCAGCAGCAGCAGCUUGAGCAGCGGGCGGGACAUCGACCAGGACAAUCGUUCUUCUUCCCCGAGUCUCUCCGCUUCGCCCCUGGGUAGCCUCGACUCUGAUUCCGAGGGCCCGGACUCACCAAAGCAAGGAGAGCGGGAACGGGAGAAAAGUAAAGAUGGAGGAGCGGGAAGCGUGUCCGUGGAUGACAGAAGGGCGCAACGGGAGCGGAGAGGGGAGGAUCCUUGCGGGGACGAACAAAAGACGGAUACGGAUGCACGAAUUGAGGACUGUGCGCUUAAGCCUAUCCAUCCUGGCCCCUCCUCUGGUCUCAAUUCCUCGGGUCGUGGCGCCGGGGAAUCUUCUUCCAACGACGGCACUGGCGGGAGGAAGUCCUAUUUCUCCCUGGACUCCAAACUCAUUUCCAAAGUGGAGUACGACGGACCAACAGGCACCGACGCGAUGCCGAGCGGCAAUAGAAUCAAUUCCAAAGCCAACACGCAAGGUGUUACAAAGACAUCCGUCUCAGGUGGAGACUUUUCCCACAACAGCCCCGGCAUUCCCCAUUCCUUGCCCCCGCCGCCGCUUCCUCCCCCACCUGCUCUAAAACCACUGGAGCUUGGGGGACAAAAUCUCCCCCCAGAGGUUAAAAUAGAAAGAGAGAAAAUGGAAAAGGCAGAAAAGCACCUGGACAAGGCCCAGUCCACGCCUCCGUCUCUGUUGCAGACGGGGCCUCAGCCACAAUCCCAAUCCCAACCCCAAAGCAACACCCACCCCCAUCAUUAUAGCUCCCCCAGCUGGCAGGGUGGCACCGCAACCGGUUGCCAGGGGAGUUGGGGCUACGCCCGUUACCCUGGCAACCAUCACCCACACCAGCAUCAGCCCCCGGUGCAGCAACAGCAACUUCCCUCCGUUUACAACCCUCCUUCCUCUCGACACUCCUCCUACCUCCCGCAUCCGCACCCUCACCCCCACAGGGAGUACCUUCCCAGGUACGCUGGAGGGGGAGGGGACAGAGAGAGGGGGGCCGCGGGAGACAGGGAGAGGGGAGUGAGGGGCGAGUGUGUGGUGAGGGAGCUUAACAGGGAGUUUUCUGCUCCGAUAGGUAACAACGGCAACGCGAGCAGUGGGGGUAAUAAUGGCGGCCCAAAUAGCAUCCAAGCCAGGGAGUUUUCAGGUCUGUCUGCGAGUCAAAACCGGGAGUUCCAAGGCGCUGGAAGAGAUGGACCUUCUAACCUCGGUGCCGAUAGAAAAGACUUUGUUCCAGCUUUCCGUGACAGGGAGCAAGACGCGGGAAGAGAGUUUUCCAUGCCAAACCAAAACCAGAGUCGAGACUUUGGCCCCAACGGAGCUGGAGGUGGGCUUCCCAGAGACAAGGACAGGGGCAGAUGGGCAGAGUUUGGAGGCCAAACAAGAGAAGUUGGAGGAAACUGCAACCUAAACAACAGCUCCAUCCCUCAAGGAAGCCAUCCGAGUUCAAACAGCGGUCUGCCGGUAAACGCCAUGCUCAGUCGAGACCCAACGGCAUCACCCCAAAACAACAAUAACCAUCCGUCGCAUUCUUCCCUGCCCCCACACACGCAUCCCACCAAUUUAGCCAGUCGGGAGUUUCCUGCUCCCAUGGACCAGGCACAAACCCCUUCCUCCGCCGCUGACCCUUUUCACAGGGAGUAUCCUCCCACUGGUGGGAAGGACUUCAAUGCAGGGGGACCUCCCUCCGCUGGAACGAAUAGAGAUUAUCUCAGCCCACCUGGCGUUACUUCUAAUCUCGUAAGAGAGUUUUCAGGGCCCGGCGGAAUCCCAAAUCCUCACCCUUCUCAUCCCCAUUACCAGUCCGGACCAAGGGACAGAGAAAGGGAGCCAAACCUGCGAGAGUCUACGCUAUACCAAAACCGUGGAGGUCCAAAUCAACCUCGUGCUCUCUCCCCAUCCUCCUCGAGCAGUCACGGACAUCCUCCAAACGCCAGCUAUCCCCCUCCACCGCCUCAACCUCCUCUCCCCCUAUCCCAAUCUUCCCAUACCCAGCAACUCCCGCCAGGUAUGGCGCCCAACGUUCGCCCCCAACUCUACCAGUCGUCUGCCCAGACUCCUCCAACACACGUGUCUCCACUACCUAGCCCAUCGACCAAUCAGAUAGCGAGCUUCUCGUCAUUUCCCCCUGGAUCGGCCUCCGCGCCCAACAUGCCGCUUCCUGGGCCGGGCGUCUCAUCCAGCUGUUCACCUGGAUGUCGCCCUACGCCAUUACACGGCACCUUGAACAGCCACCCGACAUUCAGCGGACCAUACCACUCCAGCGGUAGCAGUGGUAAUAGCCUGGCUAGCAGCAAUAGCAACAGUGGCACACCCACGAACAGCAAUACCAACUCCCAAUCACCUCAGAAUGUCUCUAAGGGCCCUCCGCCGCUCAACAGCAGCGCGACAACACCUACCCCCAACCUAUCGCAUCCCGGUGGAGAUGGCCAUUCAGAUUCUGGCCCGCCCCCUACACCUGUCAUUAAAGAGGAGCCGCUAGAAGACAGGGAAGAGAGUGAAAGUCCACCAGCGGUGUUGAGAAGUCCAUCUCCUGAACCUAAGCCUGUAGACAUUCCCAUCCACGCUAGCCAGUCAGCAAGGUUUCACAAAGUCCUUGACCGCGGUAGCGGCAACUCCUGCGCCCGCAGCGAUGUCCUCUUUGUUCCAUUGGACGGCUCCAAAUUGUGGAAGAAGAGGAACGAGGUGAUAGAAAGAGCUCGGAGGGAGGUCGAGCAACGUGCCAGAGACAUAAGGGAAAAAGAGAGAGAACGAGAAAGGGAGCGGGAGCGGGAAAGGGAGCUGGAUCGCCACCUGCAGCAACAAAAAGAUGCCAAUGCCAAUGCAGCAGCUCGCCAGGGAUCGUCCCUCUUCUUCCCUUCUUCGUCCUCCAUCAUCCUGGACCCUUCCUCGUCUUCCUCCUGUCCGGGCAACCCGAGCGCCCACCCUUCGCAUCACAUUCAGCAUCAUCCCUCGCAUCCACACGCUCAUCUUCCCCCAACACACCACCUCCAUCCCAGCCUCUCUCACACUAUCCCCCACUCUCUUCUCCUUCCGUCCAUGGCUGGAGCAUCAGCAGUAGUUGGGGGCCCACAGGGUGCUCUCGGAAUCGGGAUAGGAGGCCCUUAUCUGGGUCCUGACACCCCAGCUCUAAGAACCCUGAGCGAGUAUGCUCGCCCUCAUGCGAUGUCCCCGCUCGGGGCAGCGAGUCGGGCCCAAGCACACCACCCUCAAAUUCAUCACGGUCAUCCUCACAUCCAUCCCUCGUUCUUUCUUCCCCAAUUCCAAAAUCACGCGAUAGGCCAUCCACAUCACCUCCCGACAGAUGCUGCGACAGCUGCGGCCAUCUUGGGAUUUCUGUAUGGUGGCGGCCUAGAAGGCGGCCCGGGUAUUGGGGGCCACCCUGGGGUCGGAGGAGGACCGGUGCCUGGAGGAACAGGGUUGGGAGGAGUUGGCUUUCCUCAUGCAGUCGCUGCUCACCGGGAUCGCAUGAAGCCGGGAUUCGAGUUUAAGAGUGAUGAACGGGUCUACCCACCAGCGUCCAUUCAUGAUCCUGCGGCGCUUGCCCUUGCUCACUCUCAUUCGCACGCCAAUGCCCACAGCCACGCACACGCACAUGCCCACUCAUUGCUCCUUGGGGGAGGCGCAGCGGGAGCCAAUGAGGUGUCACUCUAUUGCACUCCUCCUCCCCCAGCUCCAACCGGCCCACCGCACCUCCAGAACCCGACACUGGCCCCAGUAACUCGACCUCCCAAUCCUCCUGCCCCGCAGUCCCUAUCCAAUCCACCACCGUCGCACCCUAGUCAUCCUUCAUCUGCGCCACCGCUUACUGCCCCGCCCCCUGCAGCCCCCGCCGCACCUCCAGCGGCUCCCCCUCCUCCACCCGCCCCGCCAACCUCCGGCGCCACCUCAAUUCAUCACCCUGUCGCCAAUUCUUCUUUUCCUAGUUCCCUGUCCUCCAAUCAAACAUCAGGCCCGGCCACUUCCGAGGCGUACCCGACUCCCACUCGGUCACCGGCCCACUUUGAGCGGGAGCGCGGCGGAGAGCGGGAGCGAGAAAGGGAACGGGACAGAGCACCAUUGCCGGCCUUUGCGGAAAGGGAGCGCGGCGAGAGAGAGCGGGAAAGGGAAAGGGGAGGCAAUGGAGGAGGGCCGGGCGGAGGCAACGCAAACGGAGGAGGAACGGGCGGAGGAGAAAAUAUGGGUCGUGUCCAGAUGCUGAAUGUGACGCCCCACCAUCACCAGCAUUCCCACAUCCACUCGCAUCUGCACCUGCACCAACAAGACACAGCGGCGGGCGGGGUUCACCCCCUGAUGGACCCGCUGGCGUCAGGGUCUCCUUUGGCGCGGCUUCCUUACCCAGGGGCGACAAUAGGCAACCCCAUCCUGGCUCACCCCCUCACUGACAGCGAGGUGCUUCGCCAACAGCUGUUUGGUGAGGAGAAGACUCCUCGUCCAUGUGCUCCUUUCCGCGACAUGCCCCAACCGUCCUCCCUCACUGGUCCCAUGUCGGCAGCCCAUCAGCUCCAGGCCAUGCAGCAGGCCCAGAGCGCGGAGCUGCAGAUCCAGAGACUGGCCCUGGAACAACAGUGGAUUCAUCACCAUCACCACCACUCCCUCAGCCAGGACGAGUACUACAGUCACCUGAAGAAGGAGAGUGACAAGACCCUGUGAGGGAGUCGACCAAGAAGGAAAGGCGUGGCGGUAAAAAAAAAAAAAAGAAGAAGAAAAA